UGAUGAGGCGAACGUGUUGACGUUUCAGAAAAGUUGCACCUGCUCCCCUUCUCCAACAAUAAGGUGCCAGUUUUAAACUGUGCAGUCAACAACAAAGAAAUGUUGCAUGCCUAAUGACGACAUGUUUUUCCCAUAUUUCAUAAUUGUUUACAUUGUUGCCUCGUUUAGUUUCUCAUCAGCUGUUGCCGGUCUAUAUUCCCCUUCCGAUGAUGUUGUGAUUCUCACGGAUGAAAAUUUCGCUCCAAAUGUGUUUGAUGUAAAGAAUGCAUGGAUAAUUGAAUUCUACAACAGCUGGUGUGGACAUUGUAAAAGAUUCGCUCCUGUAUGGAAGUCGGUAGCUACGGACGUAAAAGGAUGGCAAAGUGUGAUCAAAGUGGGUGCCAUUGACUGCUCUAGCUCAGGAAACCUUCGUAUCUGUAGUAACUACAAUAUCAAAGGCUACCCCACAAUGAGGCUGUUACCAUCAUACUCCUCCAAGAAUGAGACUGGGGAGGAGUUCCAUGAACAAGACCCAAAAAAGCUAAGGGAAAAAAUGGUGGACUUUGUCACUGAAAUCAGUGGCUUUGGCACAGGGAAUUGGCCCAACCUUCUCCCACUAGAGUCACUGGAGCACAUUUGGGGUGAGGCCAAAGACCACCACAAACACGUUGCCCUUAUUUUUGAGGAGGAGGAUUCCUAUAUAGGUAGAGAGGUGAUACUGGACAUGAGUGGGUACAAGGAUGUGUUGCUGAGACGGGCCCUGAAGCCACUCAUGAUCAAGUUUGGAAUUAAUUAUUUUCCCUCGCUGUACCUCCUUGAUUCAAAUGGGAUGUAUCAACAGCUGGCUGAGAAGGGUACACGAAGGGAGCAGUUUAAGGAUGCAUUGCUCAUUAUUCGGGGAGGACAGGACCCAGAGGAGGAAGUCGACAAGGGAGGAUCAGAUCAUGUGGUGGAAGAGCUGCUGGAUAAAGAUGACGGAGAACAAUUACAAGUAACCACCAGACUUGGUGUGUACAUGCAGGACCUGGAGUCGACCGUGACAUAUCUUCUCAGACAGGAAGUGGCCAUACAUCGUAACAUGAACGAAGACAGUGUGACAGCACUUAAAACGUUUCUGCUUGUUUUGGCAAAGUAUUUCCCGGGGAGAGAGGAGGUGAAAGGAUAUUUGUGGCGUAUUCACACCUGGCUUGGAACUGUCAAUGAGGAAUUAUCUGGUCAGAACUGGCUCCGAAAAAUAGAAAGUUUCCAGACACAGGAGACAUACCUCCCAGACAGGAUUAAAUGGAUUGGUUGUGCGGGCAGCAAGCCUGAGUUCCGGGGUUACCCAUGUGGCUUGUGGACACUGUUCCACACUCUAACAGUAAAUGCCUACAGGAUUGAGAAAAGCAGUGAGAAGUUUAACCCAAGGAGUGUACUUGACGCUAUCGCUGGAUACAUAAAACAUUUCUUUGGCUGUUCAGAUUGCACUCAACAUUUUCUGAAAAUGGCAAAAAAUAUUGACAAUGAGGUUAAAUAUUUGAAUGAAUCUGUGCUGUGGCUAUGGCGGUCACAUAACCUUGCCAAUGAGAGACUGAAAACAGACUUUUCCACCGACCCUCAUCACCCGAAGGUCCAGUUUCCGUCGGAGGAGAUGUGUAAACAGUGUCACAGUGUGCCAGCAGCCGAUCAAAAGUUGGACUGGAAUAUUCCAGUAGUUUUUAAUUUUUUAAUUGAUUUCUUUUCAAAGGAUAAAAUAAUAAGCAUUGAAGAUGAUAGUGAUGGAGCAAACUCAGAUGAUUUAGUGAAUGAUAAAAAUAAAAAUAACAUGGAUUGGUGGGAAAGAAAACAGAGAAAAAAAGAUAUUGAAAAAAUAUGGGACUUACGUGAGUCCAAAAAGAAAACAAAGCAGCAAAAAGUAAAAUCUGUGUCUUAUCAAAAAAAUAAGAACAGAGUAAAGGUAUAUGGAAAGUAUGAGAUGAAUGAGUCUCUGGUGAGCGAGGAGAAUAUAAAAACUUCGUUUGGAUUCAGUCAUAUCGACCUUGGUAUGUGUGUGGUGUUUUAUAUCAUGUGUACAGUAAUCGUGUUCAUCCUCUACUAUCACUUUGCAGUCAGGAGAUGUAGAUUUUCUUCAAAACUUCCACGUUAGAUAAUAUGAAACAAUACAGGGGGAGGAAGCCACGUAUACACUGCUUUAAAGCUGUUCGAUGAUGAUGAUAAUUCAUUGUCUGCCGUCCACAUAGGAAAUGUACCCCAGUUUUCAGUAAUAUCUGUGCAAUAGCUAUUCAGCUUUAAUAGAUAGUGUUAU